AUGGCAAACAACGUGGUACGUUUAUUUAAUUCACUAGUUUGUGACUGUGUUUUUUUAAAUAAACACUUUGGUGUCUUAGUUAACAUGGGAAGUCUUUUAUUAAAUUAAAUGAUUGUUCUAUGAUGAUAGGCCAUCAAUGUGAAAAUAACAGCUGUAUGUCAAGUACACAGUUCUCAUCGAAAUAGGAUUACUUUGAAUUUAAACAAAAAUGGGUGAAAGUAUUCGCGUUGUUAUUGAGUCAGAUGAUGGUCAUCCGGUCUGCAAACAUGGUCCAGCUUUACUAUUCGAACGCCGAAUUGAAAAUGAAUUUCAGCGGUUUUACGCUUGUUCGGCUUAUCGCGAUCAGAAUGAAUGCCCGCUCCAUGUGCGAGUCGACCAAAAUGAGGCAAAAUUACAGGAUCGUCAUUUAUUAACAGAAAAUAAAGAGAAUUCUUUAAAUUUGGCACAUGAUCAAUCGAUAUUAAUGCAGAAGGUUUUAAAAGAAAGUACCUUUGAACGCAGCUAUUGUCAUACUUGUCACACAUUUCUUAUUGCAUCUGAAAAGAUUUCGAACGCUCACAAACACCACACAAUUCAAAAGAGCAUAACAAAUGAACAAAUUCAACGACCAACUACAUUUUUACGAUCACUAUCCAAUGACAAACGAGAAGCUCAGUAUUUUUUCUCGGAUGAAUCGCUUAAAUGUUUUGGCCACAUAUUUAAACGCCUUCAAAUCAAUAAAAUCGUUUGUAUUGGAGCGCCUCGGCUACAUGAGUUCCUGAAAUAUCACAAAUCAAAAUUGCACAUUGAAUCAAUUUUGCUUGAUUUGGAUACGAGAUUUUAUUCAUUUCACAAUCGUGAUGGUCUUUGUGAUUUCUUCCAUUAUAAUAUGUUCAAUAAUUAUUUCUUUGGUGGUGAUGAAGUGCAGAUGAAAUUUCAUCAAUUUCUGCAAAAUGCAAACAAUGAGAAAUGCUGUAUAUUUACCGAUCCACCAUUUGGUUGCCGAACAGAGCCGCUCGUGUCAACGUUACAAACCAUAAGCCAAACAUAUCGUAGAUUAAAUCGAUCGCAUGAUAUCUUGCCAAUAUUUUGGGUGUUUCCAUAUUUUAUGGAAAUGUAUAUAACAUCGUUGAUGCCAGAAAUGGAUAUGCUUGACUAUAAAAUCGAUUAUACGAACCAUGAAACAUAUCAUUCGGGUCAAGAUGGUCGGAAGCAAGGAUCACCAGUGCGUAUUUUCACAAAUGUUCCAAGUCAUUUGAUUGAUUUAUCAAUUGUAAAUGGUUAUCGAUUAUGUAAAAAAUGUAAACGUUGGGUAUCAACGGAAAAUCAACACUGUGACCAAUGCAAGAAAUGCCCAUCGAAAAAUGGCGAUACAUAUGUACACUGUAAAUUAUGCGCAACGUGCGUGAAACCAUCGUAUAGGCAUUGUAACAAUUGUUGGCGUUGCACACAAAUCGAAAAUCAUCAAUGCAACAAAUAUCAAUUGCAAUUGAAAUGUAUGAUAUGCCUGCAAAAAGGACACAAUGAAACUAAUUGCCAUAAAUGGUUUGCAGUGUGCGGAAAAAAUACCAAGGAAAUCACUAAACUGAAAGCAAAAUCCAUUAAAAUUGGUCGUCGCAUUUGUUUGCUAUGUUUUAAACCUGGUCACAAUGAAAAUACCUGUGCUAAGCGCAAACAUUUAUUGGAUGAAAUAUCAUUUUUAAAUCAAUGUUAUAACAAAUUAUCAAAUAUACACUAUACAGUAACAAUGUAA